AUGUCUCAGCGGCCACGUGCAAACACUGUAUCGUCAGCGACCUUAUUGAACAACUCUCAUCUCCUGUCUGGUUCUUCCACAUUCCCCGCUUACCAGAAGGCAUUCGCUGCGGAGAACAGAGCAAUUCCUGGUAUCUCCCCUGAUGCUUCCGCUGAAGAGCUUCGGGAGGCACUGAUCCUGCAGCGUAAGAAAUACACCCAGCUGCAAGAGUACAUCAUCACCAUCACUAAACGCUACGAAGAUGACAGAGUGACGUUGACCAAGACAAUAGGGAAACUCGAACGUGACAUCCGGAAGAAGACAAGGGAGAUUGAGGGCCUAAGGUGGUUAGUCAUUCACCAUGGUGCCGUUGAAGAUAUCGACGCCGCCGCAAACCUGGCGCGGUCGUCUCUUAGCACGCAAGACGAGUCCGAUCGACCCGUCACAGAUCUUGAAUCUUCAUCAUCUAUUUCCACACGCUCCAAACUUCCUACAUCAACCGAAUCGUUAACCAGCGGCGUCAGGACCGCUCACUCCGCGCAGAAGGGUAUCAAUACCAAUCUCAAGCACACGAGGCAGUCAUCAUCCACGUUGGAUGUGCCUUCCUCGGAGGCCCCAUCUGCUACAUCCUCACAGACUUCGUUGUCACUUGUGUCACAAGCACCUGUAAAGUCGCUAUCGGCGAUACCUGAGAGCUCCUCCCCGCGAUAUGACAUUUCCCGUGCGGAACGACAACGAGCAAAAGAGGAACGUCGGGCUGCUAGAGCGACCAGGCGCAUUUCGGCUUCUUCUGGAUCAUCCCUUGCUUCCGGGGCGAACCUGUUAACGUAUAGUUCUUUUACUGAGUCGCCGUCGAACCACAAGUCCAACGCGGGCGAUAUCGAACCACCGCGACCCUUUGGAAAUGGUUGAUUAUGAACCCGACUAUACCCUAUACGUUUCAGUAUGUCUGUUUUAAGUGAACAGGUUAGCUCGCUGACGUGCAGACCUCGGGCAUAGUCUUCUUUCUUUUUUUUUCUUUAUAACUUCCACCUCAUUCUUUGCAUUCGUUUUCGUCCGGGCUGGCAUAUACAAGAUCAUGUCAGACCAAUUGCACGCAGUAAUCCCCCGUCGCAUAACCUCACAAUACCUAUCAUCUUAGAUGCAGCACGGCUAUUCAUUGGCAUUUGGAUGCCAUUGCACGAGUUCCCGUUUGCCUCACCAAUCUUCCGCAUUUACUUGCCAGUUUGCAACCCCACAAUAUUCUCUCGUACGUAGUUCGUUCAGCUGGUUUUCGUAGUAUGUAUCUCUAUUGCGCGAACGCGAGACGUC